UGCAGCUUUAACACAUGAAGCACUGACUUCACUUUAAAGAACCGGAGGUUGCCUCCUGGGUGUCACCUGAAUGGUGUUAAAUAUGGUCAUUUAACUCUCCACAAAUCAAUUUAAAAGAUAUUUUUAAUAACAGAUCAUCCAAUUUAUUAUACCAGUUAUCAUUUAUCAUCCGCUCCUCAACCAUAACAAUAAACACUUUUACAGCUGCAGUCAUUUAAUAUACGUGCACAUGUUGGUAACAGAAGUGUCGUUUUGUCCCAGUUAUCCAGACGACUUAACAGCAUUAAACAUUGAAUUAAAACUGUUACCGGCAUAAAAACUAUCUGCUUGUUUGGUUGUCAGAAUCUCUCGUUCUACAGAAUUGAGAUCACGACUGUUUCAGAGCAGCCGGUGUUUCAGUUUAACCAGUGACCGUGUUAACUGGUGACUCUCAACCGAAUGCGUCCUCGGUUGCUUGUAGUAGCUCAACGUUAAAGUUUAGAUAAUAAACACAGAUGUAUUUAACACUGAUUUGAAGGCUUUUACGAGCACUCCUGCAUGUUUUAUUUAGGCCUCGUGUACGUCUUUACACACAAGACGUUUUCAGCCGCUGACUGCCGUGUUUCCUCCCCACAGAGGGAGUUCGAGGAGGCCUGGGGGGUCAAAGUGUUUGACCGAUACUCGGUGGUCCUCCACAUAUUCCGCUGCAACGCCAGGACCAAAGAGGCCAAGCUACAGAUCUCUCUGGCAGAGAUCCCCUUGUUAAGGUCUCGUCUGAAAAAUGAAAUGGCAAACUUGGAUCAGCAGGGCGGAGGGUCGAGAUACAUCGGAGGCUCAGGGGAGACGCUGAUGGAGGUCCAGCAGAGACUGCUGAGGGAGCGCGAGAUGAAGAUCCGCUCGGCGCUGGAGAAACUGAGGAGGAAGAGGAGCCUGCUGAGAUCUCAGCGUCGACACAAGGAGUUCCCCACCGUCUCCGUGUUGGGAUACACGAACUGUGGAAAAACGACUCUGAUCAAAGCGCUGACGGGCGACGUCGGCCUUCAGCCCAGAAACCAGCUGUUUGCCACGCUGGACGUCACCGUGCACGCCGGCCAGCUGCCCAGUCACAUGACUGUCCUGUACGUGGACACCAUCGGCUUCCUGUCCCAGCUGCCCCACCGGCUCAUCGACUCCUUCUCCGCCACGCUGGAGGACAUCAAACACUCGGACCUGCUGGUCCACGUCAGAGACAUCAGUCACCCGGAGACGGUGAACCAGAAGGUGAACGUGCUGAGAGUUCUGAAGAACAUGCAAAUCCCCGACAGGCUGAUGACCUCCAUGAUAGAAGUCCACAAUAAAACGGACCUCGUUGACAACUAUCAGCUGUCUGAGCCGGACGCUCUGCCCAUCUCAGCCCUGGAGCAGCGAGGUCUGGACCGCCUGAGGACGGCAGUGGAGGAAGAGAUCGUGAAGUCGACGGGGAAACGCGUGUUAGAGCUCAGCGUUGACCUCAGCUCUCCUCAGUUAAGUUGGCUGUACAAGGAGGCCGCCGUUCAGGACGUGCAGGUGAACGCGGAUGAAGGCUCGGCCGUCGUCAAGGUCAUCAUCGGCGCCGCCGCUCACGGACGCUACAGGAAAAUGUUCACGGGGAGAUGACGGAGAAGAGAGGGAUCCGUCCUGCUGCAGCCUUCCAAUGAUUUAUCGGCUCAUUUAUGCCACACAGGAACAACAACACGUGUCACUGGCUCCCUGGUCCCUACUGAGCAUGUGCAGCUCUCCACGGAGACGAGAAAGAACCGAGAGUGUAGCGUUAGCCAGAGCUAGCUAAAUGUUAGCAUCCUGAUAAGGCUGCCGUCUCUUAGACGAUUAGACGGCUCAGAUUAGUCGUUCUUUAUGCUUUUUUUUCAUGCUGAAUAAUUUAUUUCCAAGAAAUAAAUGUUUACUUUUCUUUUUCUGUCAUUCUUUGUUAAUUAAAUCAACUGAUCUAUUAGUGGACAACACCUCUCUGUGUAGAUAUUAUGGUACUCUGGAAACUCAUUACUGCAAACUGAACCACAGACAUAUAGACUGUGUAUUGGAUAAUAAAAUAAAAUAUUUGACAGUAUAAUUUUAUUAAAGAAUGAUGUACAUUCUUGUCAACAUAUUGCACAUCAGAGCUGUAGAGUCACAACACACACAAUGUUUUCAGGUGGAAUAAAAACUGAAUGUUAGAACUCGUCAUGUAGACGCUUCUGAACGGACACAAGAACUGAGACGAGGACAUCGUGUAUUCAGAAGGUCAUUUGGUUUCAGCUCCUGUGGAAUAAAAUGUUUUUUUAACAUUUGA